AUGUCAGAUGCAGGAGGGCCCAUCGAGGAAAUCAGCGGCAAAGACGCAUUAGCCACAGCGUUAUCCGUUAUCGGGACAGAGCGGGACGCUCUAACGCAGCUUGAAGGCCUGUAUGCGUCUGAUGAUAUUGCCCAAGCCGGACUUGCCAACUCUGUCAAUGUCAUCACUACGUCUAUCUGCUCUGGUGGGAAAUUGGUAGUCGUCGGCGUUGGAAAGAGUGGCAAAAUCGGCCAGAAGGUGGUAGCGACAAUGAACAGCUUUGGCAUCCGAAGCGCCUUCCUUCACCCCACAGAAGCUUUGCAUGGCGACUUAGGCAUGAUAGGAGAAAAUGAUACAAUCCUCGUCAUUACUUUCUCCGGAAGGACGCCGGAACUACUGAAUCUUCUGCCCUAUCUUCCUCUCGACAUGGCGCUUAUAGCGGUUACAUCCCAUGCGACCCCAUCGACAUGUCCCUUAUUUGAAUCUCGGUCUCCGCAUCUGUCGAUUCUUCUCCCAGCACCCAUUCCAACUUCCGAGGUCGACUCAUUUGGUGUGGCUGCUCCAACCACGUCCACCACGGUUGCACUUGCUUUGACUGACGCCCUAGCAAUGGCGGUUGCUCGACGUCUUCAUCUUGAUCCUUCAGUGGUUUUCCAGGGCUAUCAUCCUGGUGGCACCAUCGGUAUCAGUCAUCGAGCGAGCGGUUUGUCAUCAACGAACGGCGGAAACCCUUCCCCUGUUGAAAUCUAG